AUGCUGGCGCAUUUCGCACGAGGUAGUUCGGAUGUGGAUUGGUGUGAAUCAAAUUAUGCCCAUGUUACCUUCAUCGCUGAAUUUUAUAACACGGUAAGGCAAAUAGGCGACUUUGAGUUUACAAUUGAAAGAGAUGUAGGUUCUUAAUUGUUUGAAAGCGAUCCUAACGUCGCUUCUCUGAAUACCAUACCAAGCAAAUACGAUGUUAACUGAGAUAUAUAUUUUCAAUUCAGGUCAGCAACGCUGUAUUCCUUAUUCUUCCGCCAUUUUUUAUGUGAGUACUAUUUUUUUUUAUAAUCCUUCGUUUGCCGUCCUUCAAUCAUCUUUGUUUACCUUUAUCUCUUAAAAUACGUCUUUUCUUCUCGUACCUUUUGUAAGAUCACCUGUCGAUGUUAUAAUGUUUAUUGCUAGGAAAUCGUGUGAAAUAUUUAAGAACGCAAAUAUUCGACCUUAACUGAAACUAGAAUUAGAAAGAUCUACUAAAUUUGCCGAAGGUUGCUUGCAGAAAAAUGAUUUUGCUCUCCUUGCACUGAGAAAAAAUUUCUAUAUUGACUUAACGUUACUUUCUUGAGAAUGUCCAUAAUGAAACAGGUUUAAUUGUUUUGACUAAAUCCAAAGUAAACAUUGCUGAAAGAUGUAAUUUAUUCGAAACUGACAUGUUGAAGUUUCAGAUCGAACGCCCAAACGAUAAACGCUCUGUGCAGAACGACAAUAAUAUAAUAUACAGUGUUUAUAGAGCGCUUAUUCCCAAUGGUCCAAAAGCGCUUUACAUAAUAAAAAUAACAAAAUCCUAAAGCUACAAAACUAUGUUGUCAUUCUAUAAAAAUUCCCAAUGGUCCAAAAGCGCUUUACAUAAUAAAAAUAAGAACAAAAUCCUAAACCUACAAAACUACAUUGUCAUCCUCUAAAAACAUCAUCAUUCUAUACAACAUCAUAACCAAUUUUAAAAAGCCACGUCUUGAGCUUAGAUUUAAAAGAAGAAAGGGAAUUACAAGAUCUAAGUUCGAAUGGAAGUGCAUUCCAAACAGAAGGCGCAGAGAACGACAAGACCUCGAUCGAAUAUUUCUUCUUAUUUCUAGAACGAUUUAAAAUUGCCAGCGGGUUUAAUGAAAAAAACAAAGCAAAACAAAAAGCAAAAUAAUUUAAAACGAAGGAAUAAAUACAGACCGUCAGUUUUUAAAGGUAUUCAGAUUACUCGUGAGUAAAACUUAUCAAAACAUAACAGGUAAUCGAAAAGUACCUGGAAACCAUGAUUAGGAAUUUGCAUAACAUAAAAUCUGCAUGUGUAAGAGUAAGUGUUCAAUAAUAAAAGAAAAAAUUUAUAAUAUGGUGCCCGUUUCGUGAAACUUAAGUCAGGGAACGAGUAGAAACAAUUUCGAAAUUUUAAUUCCACUGAUUUUUCCUACGAGGGAAAAAUCCAUUACGUAAGUGUGGGAAAUUUUUUUCCAUGUUGCACGAAUUCAGAAUAAUACCACCUGAAAGUUUCUCAGCGGUGAACAGCUGGGGUUAAAAGCAUGUACUGCACACGGACUAUUUUCAUAGUAAGUUACUCAGCGUCUGAAAUUUCUGCGUACCGCCAGCGGCACUUUAAAAAGCCGCCAGUUGAAUGAUAAGCGCAUCGAGAUCGCUUCAAAAUUGAAAAUUGGCGCCCACAAAACGUAGGCGAUAGUUAUUAACCGCAUUUGAAAAUCCGCCGAUACGACUUUUUUUUGUCCUUGUGCGAUUCGUUUACUCGCUGGCGUUCAUUUUGUGAAUAGAAUUAAUCAGUAAACCGCUUCGUGGUCUCUGCCGUAUCGGUGUUAAAAUUGACAGGUUCAGUCAGGUGGUAAACAACAAAAACAAUAUAACAGCAUCGUGUUUGAGUGUUGAGGUUGCGGUUGAAGUAGCAGGCAUGAUGCUUUUCUUCUUCGAGAUGAAAUGGUUAUAGAAUAAGAGUGACGUCGAAAUGUCCACAUAUCGACCAGGGAAGGGAGGCGAAACAUUAAAAAAUUUGCAAAAUUGCAAUACCAUACUGGGCUAAGGUCGGCGGGAAAAAAAAAUUGGCAAAAGGAAUAAUCUUCUUCCAAAGCGUCAGCCACCACUGUUAGGCUGUUGUGGCAAUAAAUAUUUCAUUUUCAAUUUAAAUUUGUUGUAAACUUUACUGUGUUUGUAAUAAAUUAUGUAUGUUGAAGUCAGGUACGACAAAUCCCAACGUAUAGUGCAAACAUGGAAACGUUUUACAAGGAGUGCGUUAAAUCCGCGGAGAAAAUAAAAAGCAGAUUUAUUUGGAAAAAAAUAUGAACGCCUUUAGGCUUUAUGUUGCACAACAGUGAGCGUGGGAAGCAGAAAAGCGCUUGCUUUGCUGAAUAUUCCCAGUGGGGGAUAAUUAGAACUUUGCGUCGAUCUUUUAUUUUCACUGUGUAUGAGUGUCUGAAGACUGUUUCAUUUUUUUUUCGUAAUGAAAACAAAAUUGGAAUAUAGUUUGACCCCAGACUACGUGUAUCUAAAGAAAUUCUGUCGGACCUACUUAUCUCGCUAAAACGAAAAACUAACACAAAAAUCAAAUUCUCAGCACUCUUCGAUUGAAAAUUGUCAAACUAAAUCCAAAACAAACGAUGCAACCAGGAGCCAAUCGGAGCAAAGUUCAACAUCACGAAGAGCCAAUGGGAACAAAUGGAAAACGCACGUGAACACCAUCAAGCGCGGGAAUAUGCCUGAUUACGAUUGGUUUCAAAGCGCGUUUGGAUCGAGUGUUGUAAACUAAGAGCCAGAGAAACCACAACUGGAAUGCGCGAAAUUGUUACAUCUCGACUGGUUUUUAAAUUAGAGAGCAUUUCACCACUGGACCGAGUGUCGUUAAAUCAAAUCCAAAGUAAUCACAACAGCUAAUCUGACCUGAAAAAAAACUCAAGUACCAAUAAGGGCUCAAAAUGAAAAUAACUAAACUACUUGAGCCGCGGGAAAAGUACGGGUGACCAAGUUGCCCUUUGUUUUAGUUUUGAAACUGAUUGGUUGAGUACGUCGCGUGUUUUCUGGACCAAUCACACGACGAUGUAGGGCAGAGCUAAUACAAUUCCCAAUUACUUUGGAGAGUGAAUCGAAAAUUGCUCUAAUCCUGUUUUUGAUUGGUUGCAAAAUUGGUGCACAAUUAUUUGACAAUGUCCCCUCAAAAUUAAAACAACAAUUUUGGUAUUUUUUAGAUACCUGUUUCGUCCGUACUCAAAGCAUGUCUGCUCUGGGAUCAAUAUCAUUUGGGUUUUGUUCGUCGUCAUUGGAUUGAGUUCAGCCUAUUUUCACGCAACACUUAGUCUCGUGGGUCAACUUUUGGACGAACUUGCUAUCCUGUGGGUUUUGAUGGUAGCACUAGCCUUAUGGACACCAAAAUGGAUGUUAGCUCUCAGUCCGUUUGGAGGAGACAGGUAUUUGAACUCUACAAGAGGCUAGGGCUGUGAGAAAAAGAUAUUUUGACACAAAUAGCAGUUUUCUUCUCCAUUCCAUUUCUUUCUUCUUUCUUUCUAUUUUUUUUUCUAAUUUUCUUUUGCUUAUUUUAGCUCCUACAUCAGUACCACCAGAAAACUAUUUUUCGUUCUCUACCCAUAACGUUUGGGUCAUUUCAAACGUGUUAGUUUUGAAUAAACUCUUCCAGCUUGAAUGGCCUUGAAGAUCUUUCUCUCAAACGCACUCCACAGAAGUGUUUUUCGCUUUAACCAAAAGUUGUCAUCCUGUAUGCACCUCAAAGUGAUCAAGUACAGCACAGUGCAUUCAGUGAGAAAGUGGGGCAUUGUGGCAAAAUAUGGCUCAUUUGAAGUUAAAGUCGCGUAGUUCAUAAUGGUUACGCGAUAUGUCAACUAAUUUCGACGUUGAUUGCAGUUGUUUCGGCCUCUCACUCCACAUUUUAUUGCUCCUUCUUUCUCUCCCGUUUGCAUUUUUUUGUGCCGCAUCUUCCGGGAAAGUACUGAUAUAUAUCAUUAUGCCGGUUUUGUUUAUGCUUAGAGAAACAUUCCAGUACGCUGUCCUUGGCUUGUCUUUGGUUUGUACGUGGUUAGGAUUUAUCUAUCCUGUGGCAAAUGCAUUUGUUUUGAUGGCGUUUGGAGCUCCAUUUCUCUUCAUGCUGUUUGCUGAACUUAAAAGGUGACUCAUUUGCACAACUGAUUUGCGUAACUGAUUCAAAUUAGCACCUUCGUUACAUUAAGUGCCCCUCUGCCCUCUUAAAUGAACGUCGAAGCUUAGUUUAGCACAUUCUGCUGUUUCUCAAAAAAGAAAUAAGCACCCUGCCCCUAAGAAGUGCCCUGUUUCGAAUAAAUGCCCUUCUUAGAGGUAUCAUAAGUAAUUAAGCACCCGGGCGCUAAAUUGAAUCAUUACGGUACAUGUGGGCUGCUUGACUCUAACAACUAAGAGUAACACCAUAAAAUUGACCGACAGGUUUCCUCGAGCCAGAUUUAAAUAAACGCUGGAAAGAUUCACUUUCUUUCUUGCUUCUGAUUAUAACUUUCAUUGAGGUUGUUGAAGUGUCUUGCACGGUCACCGAAAACCGUCUUUAACCCUUGAACCACUAAGAGUGACUGGAAUCUAGUUUCUCAUCACUGUAUCACCGCUGAAUCAAACACUAAGAGCGUGAGAAUAAAGGAAAUGAUCAGCGACUAAGGAAGGCUCUUGUUCAUGUUAAACAACUCCUUGUCAGCACCUUUUGAAAUAUGUAGAGAACAGUAUGGAGAAUAUGCAAACUGAUAUUGGGGUAUAAAGAGUUAAGGACGCUUACUACUAGACGACCUUUACGUGCUAAAAAGGUAAAGGGCAGCAUAUGGCAUGAAGCGACUGGGAGUAUCUCAACUUCUCCCUGGAUGGGAUGCCAAUUAAUUUUAAGGUUACCCCAUGUAUUUUAGUAGGCUUCCCUGAUAAUUGUGGUACACAUCUUUAUACUCCUGGGUGGAGAGAUAGCGACAAGAUGCGAGUAAAAUGCAUUACCCAGGAUCACAGCAUAUUGACCCAGCUCAGUCUCGAACCCAGACCUCUUGACCAGUGAACACUGCGUCUCCCCUAUGUAAACCUCACAAUAGAUUUACCAAUUUUCUAAGCAUUGAUCCUCCAUUGAUAACAUUGAUAUUCCAUUGAUCCUCCAUCGAUCACAUAGCUCCUAUAUUGCUCCUUCAUUGAUAACAACCUACUUUUCUUUUAACCUCGCAUGCUUGUUUCCUUUCUUUUUUUAUUUUAAUUUUUUUUUUAAUUUUUUUUUCAAUUCUACUAUUUUUCUCCCUCUGUACUUUGCAGAUGUAAGGACUUAAAAGUUAAAAGAUUAGGAUUCGCAUGUGUUGGAUGGUGGUUUGUCGCUGUAGUUUUCUGGAUAAAUGAUCGUGCAUUCUGUGACGUAUGGCGGUCUGUCUCUUUCCCAUACCUUCACUGCGCAUGGCAUAUUCUAAUUUUUAUUGCAUGCUACACUGGUUGCGUUUUGGGUUCAUACUUCUACGCUGCAACAGAGUUUCCUCAAUUGCGCCCGGCUUUAUCCUUCUGGCCUCGUUGGUCGUGCGAGUGGGGAGUUCCAUAUGUGAUGUUAAAGGGAGUGCCAAUGGAAGAAAAUCCUUGA